GGUUGGGACCGGGGCCAGCUUUUCAGAGCUGGAGCUAAGCAAUCUGAGCUCCCAGCCCAGCGAGCAUUUCUGACUGCACACGGUGGCACUUCUGCCAGAAGAAGGCCACCUCCAUUUCUCUGUGGCUGCUGCCCGUCCUGGGACAGCCUCGCUUGUUACUUGAUCCUGUGGCAGCUCCAGGACGUUGGCUCACUCUGCAGCUGUCCUGUGCUCUGCCGAGAGAUGGAACCACGGCAGGAGGAGAUGCUGAUGAAGAACCAGGAAUGGUACACAGAGACAAGGAAAGAGAAGCAGCCCAAGGGGGCAGGUGCUGCUGGCAUAGGACAGCUGCUGGAAACGUCUCCUUUAAGCUGCGAAGUGGUACAGUCAGCAGGCAAUAGAUUCGGGGACGAAAGGGAGAGGCUGGGGCAAGAGGACACCUCGAGCCAAGAGAGUGCAGAUGCCAAGCUACAGCUGCCAAAUGGUUGCAGAAGGGAAGGUCCUUCCUCUUUUGAGGAGGAGGAGGACAAAGAGAUUUCAAAGGAACCACGCCAAAGGCCCACCCUCAAUUACUCAGGCCUAGGCAAAGAUGUGACCCUUGCUUCCCCAGCAGAAGAGAUUGUCCUGUUAAAAAGAUCAAGAAAGGGGGAUAUGCAGCUACCUGGAGAGAGGACUUAUGAGGAAUUCCUGAUGGGGGAGCUCUCGGAGAUGGUGCAGAAGGUGGUGAAGAGCAGCAGUUGGUGGGAGAGGCACGGCGUUGAUUGCACAAGUAUUGCUUUGAACUUUCUUACCAUACCAGUAGGAUUCUUGCUUCUGCGUUCUGAUAACCUUUUCACCUUCCUGUUGGGCAUUACUGUACUGGGUGUGGCACAUCACACGAUCUCUGUGAAGGGGAGCCACCUGGCCAGCCACAAUUCUCUGGUGGAGUCCAAGUCGUGGGGAAAAUUCUGGGCCAUCUUCUUCAUAGAGGUUUGCACCGGUUUUACGGCAGAACAGGCGUCCUACAACCACGUGAAAAUCCACCAUGCUUACACAAAUGUCAUUGGUCUGGGGGACUCCAGUACAUGGAAGCUUCCUUUCCUGAACCGCUAUGUUUACAUGUUCAUUGCACCUAUUUCUGUACCUAUUAUCACCCCUUUUGUGGCAAUUGGCAUGCUCAAAGAAGUUGAAUUGAAAACAGCCAUCCGGACCCUUUGCUGUAUAUUUAUUGGCCUCUACUCCCAUUACUGGCUUCUGCUUCAUGUCUCAGGGUUCCAGUCCGUGUGGUCUGCUCUUGGCUGCAUGCUGAUCACACGAUCUCUCCUUGCCCAUCCUUAUAUCCAUGUUAAUAUCUUCCAGCAUAUUGGCCUCCCAAUGUUUUCAGCUGAUAAGAAGCCAAAACGAAUUCACAUGAUGUCGUCUGGAGUUCUGAACUUACCUCGAAACCCCCUGUUAGAUUGGUCCUUCGGGCACUCAAUCAUCAACUGUCAUGUGGAACAUCAUCUCUUCCCAACACUUUCUGAUAACAUGUGCCUGAAGAUCAAGCCAAUUGUUUCCCGGUACUUGAAAGAGAAGAAAUUGCCCUAUAAUGAGGAUUCUUAUUGGUGCCGCUUGAAGUUGUUCCUGGACAAAUAUGAAGAAUUGAUGGUCCAUGCACCACCCAUUUCUGAACUUGUUGGGAUUCAGUGAUGGCACCUUAGGACACAAAGCUAUUAUAGCAAUAAAGCAAGAUUGUUACCUUCCCCCAUCACCACUGGAUCACAAUACUUAGAACCCAAGUUAGGGUCCAAUCCAGCUGUUAAGGAGAAAACCAGAAUGUCUUCCAUAUGGCUAAGUAGAAAGGACCUUUGAAUAAGCAAUGCCAGCUGCUCAGUAAUGGGUCAACAGGGGAAAAUCAGUAGCUCCAAUACAAUAGGUUUCAAAGAAAGAUGUUUUAUCAUCUUGAUUGUUUUUCACUGCUUUCUUGUAGGUUUUUGCAUACCAACCAUCCUUUUUUUCUGCUACUUUACAACUCAGAGGAUGCCAAUUGUAAGGGCUGUUUCAUAUGCUAUUUUUCGUCCCUUUAAAAUCACUUGUAUGCUGUAAGGGUGCUUCCAUACAGAUGACUCCUAGUGCUACCAAUCAAAAGGCAUAAUGCAGCUUUUCUGUAUUUCUCUUAACUGAUUUUUUGUGGUAAGAAAAAAAUCUGGAAGCGGUGGGAGAAACACAAGUGGAAGAUGAUAUUAUCUGCCGCUGCCCCCUAUAAAAUUCCACGAACAAGACAGGACGAUGGCACAAUAAAAGCCUCAUGUAGAAGCACCCUAAAAUAUAUGAAGAGCUGUGUGAAGUUUUUUCACCUUGUGGCGAUGGCUCGGACAGCCAACAACAGAUCAGAAUGUUGCUGACUUAUCUGUGAAUCCACAGUGGAGGAAAUAUUACACCCUCUUUCAUGCAUUACAAUAUAUGCAUACUGUAUGUUCCCAAUGUAGACAUUAUCUUUGUGAGGGGAAAUGAAACCUAUGAAAGGGUUUCUGCACUACCGUGAACUUGGGGGCUUCAUGUUAAACUGAGCUAGAUCAUUGCGUGAGGUCAAGCCUGCAUUCUGGGACCUUGUGGGAUGGUUAAGGGAGGGCUCUGCUAUUUCCUGGUAGACAGAAUUCACCUACUGCAAAAAGAAAAAGUUACCGAGCAAAGAACAAUAGUAGAGCAUAGGAAGCUGCCUUAUACUGAGUCAGACCAUUAGUCCAUCUAGCCCAGUACAAUUGACUCUGACUGGCAGCAGCUCUCCAGGGUUUCAAGCAGGAUUUUUUCUCAGCUCUGCCUGGAGAAGCUGGGGACUGAACCUGGGACCUUCUGCAUGCCAAGCAUG